CAUUCCAUAGAUAAGUCAAGUGCAUAGAACUCAUAGUUCAACAUUCUAUAGAGCACUACUAGAACUUAACAGUUAUACAACCCAUAGUUACUGUCUUGGUUGUCAAAAGAGCUAAUUCAUACAACCCAUAGUUACUGUUUUGGUUGCAUAUCUGGUGUAAUGGAGGCUCGCACAUGUUUACCAUCAAUAGCUCCAAUAUAAUCCUAUUUGGUGAAAACAAAAACCCAAAAAUUAGGAUCUAAACAAAUUCAUGCCUACAAUGACAAAAUGUAGUUGUCACAUGGUCUCAUACCUUAAAGUAUGGAUCCCACCGGUAGUUUCCUUCUAUUUUGGUUUGGGUCUCCAAUGAAGGCUUCCUAAUAAGGUCAUCUCUAAGCUCGCCAAUAGCAUGGAGUACCCUUUGGAAGUAACGGCUCACAACUUCACCGGAUCUACCAAAACUGGCGCCAAUUACCCUAUUUCCAAUGUUGUACCCAACGGUGUGCAAGAACAUUGCUACUUGUUGCUCAAUAGUCAAAUGUAUUGUGUCCUUUAGCAAGUUGCGAUCCCUAAAGAGUUAACAAAACCUAAAGAAAGGUACUCUCCGAAGUCUAAGCAUGUUCACGCAAGUUGUGUCAUUCUUCCAUAUUUUGUUGUCAAAAUACUCUCUUCUCAUCCUAUCUCUCUCAUCAAUUGGGGCAUACGUAAUUGCUUCUCUCCUUUUUCUUUUUCUGGAUUGAACAACCAAUGUUAUCAUGUUGAUAAACCAUUGUGCCGCAGCCGCAUAAAUUAACAUCUUUGCCUUUCUGUCCAUCUACAAUGUAGUAUAGGAUUCAGCUAUAAUAUGCAGUACAGGGUUUAGAGAUAAAAUAUGCAGUAUAUGAUUUACAGCUAAAAUAUGUUAUCUUUUGUCUCGCUGUCCAUCUACGUGUGAACAAGAAUUCAAUAGCACACCGUAUGUGUACAAAUGGCCAACUACUUAGAACCAAAACCAACAUUCUUUUUCCACUGCCAAACAUUUUACUAAAGAACAGAAUAAGAUUUAGGGGAGAAAUAACCAGAUUGUAGUUGUGCUGCUGCUGCUAGAUGUACUGACGGUGGCCUUCAACUUUCCUGUGCCAGAAAAUUAAAUCAAUCAGCGAACUACACAUGAGCAGAGACCACGCAUCACCAGCCCCUGCACGCACGGAACACUAGCACACAUCUAGCACACGCAGCCGUGCGCACGCGGGCGAGCCGUUCAGACCCAUGCAGGCAGCCGUGCGCACGCAUCAGUCACCGGGCGCCCGCGCCUCCUCAAGCCCCCAGUCGCCGGUCUUGAGAACCAGCUGCGCCGCCGCCAGGCUUGAGAUCCAGCCGCGUGCGCGCCUCCUGAGGCCCCCAGCUGCCGUCGGCCUUGAGAUCCAGCCGCGCCGCCGCCUCAAACCCUUGCUCGCAUCGCCCGGGGACACCCUUCGCAAUGGUAGAUCCGGUGAAGUUGUGAGCCGUUACUUCCAAAGGGUACUCCAUGCUAUUGGCGAGCUUAGAGAUGACCUUAUUAGGAAGCCUUCAUUGGAGACCCAAACCAAAAUAGAAGGAAACUACCGGUGGGAUCCAUACUUUAAGGAUUAUGUUGGAGCUAUUGAUGGUAAACAUGUGCGAGCCUCCAUUACACCAGAUAUGCAACCAAAACAGUAACUAUGGGUUGUAUGAAUUAGCUCUUUUGACAACCAAGACAGUAACUAUGGGUUGUAUAACUGUUAAGUUCUAGUAGUGCUCUAUAGAAUGUUGAACUAUGAGUUCUAUGCACUUGACUUAUCUAUGGAAUGUUGAAUUAUUAUAUGUGACGAGGUUCAAAAAUUCUACUAUUGUUUUGUUUUGGUUUGCUGUGAAAAAGUUAAGAUUUUCGAAAUUAUGACUGCACAUACUGUAUUUUCCUUUCCAUUGAAAAAGUGCAAAUUAUGAGGGUAAUCUCACCACCUAAAAUAAAAACGGUUACCACAACCCUUAUCCUUCAUUUGUCCCUCGAACCAAACACUUCAAUGGCUAUCCUCAGCCACUUUUCAUCCUUUAAGUCAAACAAAACAUGUGAUAACCCCACCUUUCCGACCAAACAAAAAAAAGGGCUAUCCCUAGCCACCUGGUUGGGGAUACCCACAACCACCCUAGCAUGUCUCUCAAACCAAACACAUCCUUAGUUUACAAUGGAUUUUUGUUUUGUUUUGUUUGCAGGUUCAUUGCGCCAGUGGCAAGCAGUUGAUAGUCCAUCCUCAGAUUUUUGUCUCCCUUGCACGCAAUAUGGACGA